GAACCUUGGAUCAAAGUAGAAUACUGUGCAGUACUUCUGCAGAUCUCAUGCACUGAAUUCUUUCUGCUCAGCCACAGUGAGGUUGCAGGCCUGUUGAUUCAGUUGCAUUCUUUCAGCACCCUGUCACACAUUGGUUCACUUUAGUGAGUUCUUUUAUUUUUUAUGGAAAUCAAGCUGUUUCCCCCUCUCCCUGCAUCCUCUGGUGAUAGCUCUCCAGUCAUCCCACCUCAACCCUCACAGAUACACAUCAGCCAGGAUCACUCCAGCUCAACUCCUGUGUCUUUUGCAGACUUAAGUCCGGGCUUACGGUGGACAGCAACACAGGAUUUGGUGUUAUUAUGAAAAUAUCUUUUGUGCCAUGUUAACAGCUCAACCAUUAACUGAAGAGGGUACAGACCUGUUCUGCUGGACAAACACAGACGGAGACCUCUGAGACUCUGGCAGAGUUGUCACUACCUCUUGAAUUAGACAUGGGAAAAGUUUUUUAUGUUAGUCAAAAUAAGUGCCUCGGGAUUCUUAUAGCAGCGGUCGGUGCUUUGGCCAUGAUUAUAGCGCUGUCUAUUGCCUAUGACAAGGAAAAGGCCAAGAAUCAAGGCAGGCCUGGAGACAGAGCCACAGACAGUACCAGCAUGCCCACACACCCUACUACUGAGUUCACCCCAAAGGAGCCCUGGGACCACUACAGACUUCCAGACUCCCUUGUUCCUGUCUCUUACAAUUUGACCUUGUGGCCCUGGCUGGAGCCUAACACAGACGGCCUGUACAUCUUCACCGGAAAUUCAACCGUGGUCUUCAGAUGUGUGAAGGAAACAGACCUCAUUAUUAUCCACUCCACCAAACUGAACUUCACCACCUUUCAUGGACACCAUGCUAAGCUGAGUGGCCUGAGUAAAGCCACUGUGCCCACUAUACAAAAGUCUUGGCUUGUGGCGAAGACAGAGUAUCUGGUUCUUCAGCUGCAUAGAAGACUAGCGGUGGGAGCAACCUAUUUACUCCACACUGAAUUUCAGGGGGAGCUGGCAGAUGAUCUGGCAGGCUUGUACAGGAGUGAAUACACUGAGGGUGGUAUGAAAAAAAUUUUGGCUACUUCGCAGAUGCAAGCAACGCACGCCAGGAAAACCUUCCCUUGCUUUGAUGAGCCAGCCAUGAAAGCCGUCUUCAACGUCAUCAUCAUCCACAACCGAGGAACAGUGGCUCUGUCCAAUGGCAGGGAAAUUGACACUGCAGAUUCUUUCAUUGAUGGUGUUCCUGUGAAAGUAACUACAUUUGAGCCCACAGCAAGAAUGUCCACAUAUCUACUGGCAUUUAUUGUCAGUGACUUUGUUAGCAUUCAUUCAAACAAAAACAAGAAUUUGUUGAUUCGAAUCUGGGCUCGAAAAAAAGCCAUAGAUGGCAUGCAGGGUGACUAUGCUCUCAAUGUUACAGGGCUGAUCCUUCAGUUCUAUGAGCGCUACUACAAUGCAACAUAUCCACUCUCCAAGUCUGAUCAAGUAGCUCUGCCGGACUUCAAUGCUGGGGCAAUGGAGAACUGGGGUCUGGUCACAUACAGGGAGACAAACCUCCUCUAUGACCCCAUCUCAUCCUCCACCGGAAACAAAGAGAAAGUUACAGCUGUCAUCUCCCAUGAACUUGCACAUAUGUGGUUUGGCAACCUGGUGACGCUGCGAUGGUGGAAUGACCUGUGGUUGAAUGAGGGCUUUGCCUCAUAUGUGGAGUACCUGGGAGCUGACUAUGCUGAGCCCACUUGGAACAUUAAAGACCUGAUUGUUCUGUAUGAUAUACAAAAGGUGUUUGAUGUGGAUGCCCUGGCUUCCUCCCACCCACUGUCCUGCCAAGAAGAGGAGGUCACCGAACCUGCUCAGAUCAGUGAGAUGUUCGACACCAUCUCCUACAGCAAGGGAGCGGCGGUACUCAGAAUGCUGUCAGAGUUUCUCACUGAGCCUGUGUUUGCUAGAGGACUCAGUUCUUACCUGAAUACAUUUGCCUUUGGCAACACAGUAUAUAAUGACCUGUGGGACCAUCUCCAACAGGCAGUUGAAAACACACCAGGAAUGCAUAUUCCAGACACUGUCCACAACAUCAUGAACCGCUGGACUCUACAGAUGGGCUUUCCAGUGAUCACUAUCGACACCCAGAGAGGAAAUAUCACCCAGAAACACUUCCUGUUAGAUCCAGACUCUGUAGUGGACAGGCCCUCUCAGUUCAAUUACACAUGGUUUGUCCCAAUUAAAUGGAUGAAGUCAGGUGUGGAGCAGCAGCAGUACUGGCUCCUUCAGAAGACAGACACCAACAGUCUCAUGAGAGUGUCAGGAAAUGACUGGGUGCUGGCGAACACCAAAGUAUCUGGAUACUUCAGGGUGAAUUAUGAUCUUGACAACUGGGACCGUCUCCUCUCCCUGCUCAACACCAACCAUCCAGCUUUACCAGUUGUCAACAGAGCACAGAUCAUAGACGAUGCGUUCAGCCUAGCAAGAGCCAAAAUAAUCGCUACAACAUUGGCCCUGAGGACUACCAAAUAUCUGUCCAAAGAGAGAGAUUACAUCCCCUGGGUGUCAGCUCUGAAAAAUCUUGACUACUACAUCCUCAUGUUUGACCGCACUGAGGUUUAUGGAGCUUUACAGGCAUACCUCAAGAAACAGAUACAACCACUUUUUGAGCAUUUCAAGAAUAUUACCGAUAACUGGACCAAAGUGCCUACAGGACACACAGAUCAGUAUAAUCAGAUCAAUGCUAUUAGGACAGCCUGUAGUAUGGGUGUGGAGGGCUGCAGGGAGCUAAUUAAAAAGUGGUACAGGCAAUGGAUGGAAAAUCCAGGUCACAAUCCGAUCCAGUCCAACUUGAAAAGCACAGUUUAUUGCAAUGCCAUAGCUUUUGGCAGUGUAGAGGAGUGGGACUUUGCAUGGACAAUGUUUCAGAAUACCAAUCUGGCUUCUGAAGCUUCCAAACUCAGGUCAGGAUUGGCCUGCACCAAAAUACCUUGGCUUUUGAACAGGUAUCUGGAGUACACCCUAGACCCAACUAAGAUCCGCAAGCAAGAUGCCAUCUCUACCAUCCAGUACAUUGCACGAAAUGUUGUGGGACUGCCGCUGGCCUGGAACUUUGUCAGAGCAAGAUGGAAUUACAUUUUCCAGCAGUAUGGAAAAGGAAUGUUUUCCUUCUCUAAUCUUGUCAAUGGAAUCACAACAAGGUUCUCUACAGAGUUUGAGUUGCAGGAGCUGAAAAAAUUCAAAGAAAGCAAUCUCUAUGUUGGCUUUGGCUCUGCCACACUGGCCCUGGAGCAGAGUAUGGAGAAGACCAGAGCCAACAUCAAAUGGGUGACAGAGAACAAAGCCACUGUGCUCAAGUGGUUUACUGAGGAGUCCACAUGAGAACACCAAGCAAGUCAAGUCUUUUCUUUUUCCUUGUACUGUCACAGAUAUAAAAUGAAUGAUGAUCACUAUAAUCAUGAGAAAUAACAAAUGGCCAGCCCUUUCUCUUGGUGACAGUUGCACAGA